AUGUCAGACGAGAGCGCCAGCGAGUCGUCUGACGUGGCCCUCACCUCGGCAGUUGAUUUGCAUGUCACAGAAGGCAAUUAUAUACAUCGGCGUCACCGUGCGCCUCGCCCGUGGCCAUCAGAACGACGUGCGCCACGUACGGAAGAGUCGGAUAAUGCCUCCUGGAGCGAUACUGGAAGUGCAUACUCGGUCAUCGACUCCCUUGAUCUGGCUCCGUCGCUGCCUUACUGGUUUGCAUAUGUACGUGCACGCAUGGGAGAGUAUGUGGAAGACAUCGAGCGACUUUUACAUACCAAUCACACACACCCGCGGGGUCUACAUGUGCCGCUGGGUCCUAUGGAGGCAGGGCUAGAGGCUGCGUAUGGUCGCUUGGCGAGCAUCGUGCGCGAGUCACCUCGAGUACACGGGAUUGAUUGGCUGGACAAGAUGCCGUCGCGUCAGGACCUAAUGGCGCGCUUCCAUGCCUUGAUCUUGGACUGGGAGCGCCGAGCCAGCACCUUUCAUCCCACCCUUUUUGCGAAAGAGACCCGUAUUAUUCCGAAUACGUAUGCUGAGUGGGCAUCUCGUGUACCUGCAAGGGCUCAUCAUCUCACCGAGGAAGUUCAGAAAACAGUGGCUACGUUACGAUCCCAUAUGCCUCAAAUCUCCAUGCCGUCACGGCCUGCACUGGGCCUACCGGAUCGCAUUCUUCCACCAGAUCUUCUAGAGCGCUUUGAGCGUAAGCUAGAAAUGAUCGGGCAACAGGGUCGAACAGCCGGCGCACAAAUUGCUCAUGCAAUGCACGAUGUGGAAGAUGCCCUGUACCAUACCGCCCUUCAACUUGCACAGGGCGGCCGCAAGCUCAUUACGUAUCAUUCCCUUCCUGAGCUCUGGCGGAAUAAUGACUAUAUCAUCACAGGAUACCGCUUUAUCCCUGUGAAAAGCUGGAAGCAGUUGCUACUGAGCAUAUUUCAGCUGCAUAACGAGACGGGCAACAUUCAUACACACGUGGGUGGUUUGAUUCUAGUUGCUGCUCUGUUUUGGUUUACAGGCAUCUUGGAUCAUCAGACUACCGCCAUUGACCGUGGGAUCCAGACCCUGUACCUGCUGGCAGCAGCCAAGUGCCUGAUAUGCUCCGUAUCCUGGCACGUUAUGGCGGGCUGUUCAGAUCUGGAUUGGUUCUUGUGCUUUGCCUGUAUUGACUAUACAGGUAUCUCGUGGCUUGUGGCAGCGUCCCUUGAAACGCUUGUAUACAAUGGUUUUUACUGCCAGCCAAAAAUCAUUGCCGCAUACACCGUGGGCAUCAUUGCUCUCGGUAUGACCAUGGCUGUGCUGCCGUGGGCACCGUGGUUUAACGAUAUUCGAUUCCGCACAGUUCGCAUUUUGUUAUUUAUACUGAUGGCCUUCAUGGGCGUGGUUCCAUUUGUACAUGGAGCUUUCCUGCAUGGAAGUGGCCCGAUGGCCAAGUUCUUCAGCCCUAUCAUACCGAGCAUUUUCUCGUAUCUAAUUGGUGUCGUGUUGUAUGCUUUCCGUUUCCCCGAGCGGCUAGCCCCUGGACGAUUCGAUCUGAUCGGUCACUCGCACCAACUUUGGCACGUUGCUAUUGUACUAGCGAUCCUUUUCCACUAUCGCGCGAUCCUUCGUUUUCAUGAGAGUCGCUUCGAGUACAGUUGUACGAUCGAUUGUGUGCCAGUACCAUAG